AUUUGCUGAUUGUUCUGACAGAAUUUUGCCAAUCUUUUUGGCUGUGAUCACAGUUAAGAGUCAAUCGGCUCUAUAAUGGAAUAUCUAGCGCCAGAACACCAAGAUAUUGCCAAAGAAGGACUUGACGAAUUACGACUAAAGUUACCGUCAGCUGAAAAAGAUGUCCUCGAGAAAGUAAAAGCGGAAGCAACGCCAUUUCCUCGUCUGUUUAAAAUAGCACAGGAUUUCACGAGUAAAAAUCUGCCGACCGCAUCAAUUAUAUGGGAAUACUUGCUAGAGAAAGCCACGAGCAAGCGUCAAAAAUUUGCUGUUAUGAACAAACUCUUUCAAGUUCAGAUCGCAACAGGUCCUUGGACAGUCGCUGUAGAGACAGCAAAGAAAUUAUAUCAAGACACCGCUCUAGAGUUCUCAUCUGAUGGUUUGAAGGGACUCACAGGAAAUAAAAACCGUCUCGAACCCCUUAUAGCAGCACCACUCUUAUUUGAAGCUGCUCUGAAUCUCGGAACAAUACAUCGCCUUCUUAAAGAACUGAACGAAGCUGAGGAAUUUUAUCGGAAGGCGUGGAACAUUGCUACAUCUGUGAAAGAUAUUGACAGAGAAUCCUUAGCUAAAAUACAUCUAGCAAUUUGUUUGCUCGAUCGCGGAGAACUAAGACAGGCCAUAGACACCUAUUUCAAGCCACUGAUGGUUUCCAAAGCAACAUUGACACCUCGCACAAGAGCUCUUUACCUUCAAUAUUAUGGUAAUGCCUGUAGAUCUGCGGCAGACUGGGGCAGAGCUAAAGAGUAUCUCCGAGAAGCCCUGGACCUUGCCAAGAAAAUUAAAGACGUUGGUCUUGUGUCUAGUUGCUGUGGGGACCUGGGUAACGUUUUCAGAUCGGAAGGAAGGUUUAAAGAUGCAGAGCAGCUCUUCUCACUUCACUACAAGUUCGCAUUGAGCAGAGGAGACAUCCAUGGCCUGGCUAUUGCUUGUGGCAAUAUCGGAUUCUUGAAGUUUUACAACCCCGAAGAGUUUGAUGAUUCCGUGGUGUACCAGUUCGUUGAAUACUCCCUUGCUGAGCAAGUGGGCGAUUUUGCACGAAUGGGAAUUGCAUUUAACAAAAUUGGCAAACUAUAUACUGCACUGGGUUUCAAUGAAGAAGCCGAAGAGAUGUUCAAAAUCGCCAUCGAUGGUGCACGCAGGGCGGACAAUAUUGCUGGCGAAGGGAUGGCGUGGGGAAAUUUAGGCACGGUCUACAGAGCUUUAGAAAGGUUUAAAGAUGCGAUUGAUUGCCAUGUAAAGUAUCGAGAUAAUGCUGAAAGGCGAAUGGAUAUCGGUGGGGUAGCCAUUAUGCAGCAUCAGUUAGCCAUGGACUACAUCCUUUCUGGAAAGCUACCGGAAGCAGAGAGGUCGGUUCUCGAUGCGUUUCAAACACUGGAGAGAAUCCGCUCACAAGUCGGUGGAGAAGACAAAUCGAAACUGUCUAACUUUGAGAAGAACCAAGCCGAGGCAUAUAAUCUGUUACAAGUUGUACUCGUCGCGCAGGGGAAGUUUAAAGAGGCUCUUGUUUUAGCUGAUGCAAGCAGAGGACGAGCAUUGGCGGAAAUUGUUCGGAAACGAUUAUCAGGCUGUAGCGAUAUCUCUAGUGGAGAAGAAACGGUAACUCUUAAUGAAGAGUUUAUCGCCGAAUCCUUCAACAAUCUUGUGGAAAUCAGUCGUAAGCGUUCCACAACACUUGUGUUUUACUCGGUGGCGAAAGAGUUUGACCAAUCAGGGGCAUAUUUCACGUGGGUGUACACCUGGGUGUUAUGUCCUUCCGGGAGCCUUAAUUUCAACAAAACUCGUCUGCAGCACGAUUUGGAGACGAAAGUUGAGGUUAAUGACGAGUUUCUAGUGUCCCUGAGACGAUCUAUGGGCCAGCAAUCUCAAAUGGGAACAGUGGGCGAGAUUCUGAGAUCAUGUGGAGAGCAAAACAAGGUUUCCAGGGAGGCUAAGAUACCUGUUGCUACACUUAAAGGCGAGGACGUCUUGAGUUCUCUGGAAGGAUUUGAACACGAGUUUAAAACCGGUUGGCAGAGUAUUGGUAUUUCGCUCAAAACUAAGGAUCAAGGAACACAAGAUCACAUGAUGGUACUGAAAGAGUCCUCAAUAUCUAAUGAGGAAAGAACCUUUGACGAGUCAACGUGCAACCAAGAGGGCUGGUUAGUGAAAAAAACAGUUGCAGAGAUAUCAACCGCCUCCAAAACCGAGCUUUGCAGUGUAGAAAGUUCAGAAUCGUACGAAGUGUCGAGUAAAGAGGAAGUCCAUUCAAGUGGAUCCAUGAAGCAAAGCAGUGUCAUAAAGCAUAGUGUAACUUUCGACGAACCUGACAAUAUUUCUGGUAAGUCUUCCCUCAUAGUUGAAUGCCCAGAGGAAGACCUCCAAGACAACGUGAAGACGCAAAGCAAAUUGGAGAAAGAUAAAUCAUCUUUUGAAGCAAGUGAGGAAAGCCUUCAUCAUCCGAUAAGUGAUUCCGUGUUUGCACACUCGUGCACACAUUUGGAGUCCGAUACAGCUAAAUCUGAGGUAUUGAUUGCCUCAAAAGCGGGUGACAAUCCUAUUAAAGAAGAAGCAGAUAAACCUUGUCUAAUGACAACAAGUCAAAACGGUCCUGGCGUUCCCGCACCAGGCCUUGAACAUGAUAUCACCAUCAAGCCUUCACCUGAGGAAUCUAAUUCUUCUCUGCAAAGUGACAACAACAUUGAAAAAGAAUAUGGAGAUCAGUCCCCUGCAAAAGUAGAUGGUGACGUUUCUGUGGGCACAUUGUCAGGUCCCUUAAAUGAAGUUAUAACUAAGCCCUUAGGCGCACAUUCAAAGGUACACAAAAAGGAACCUAAGAGUGACCCAGAACUGGAUCCUUGGAUACCAAUGCUGAGCCAACUUCACAAGAUUCUUAUUGAGCCCAUUAUGGAUUUCCUGCCCAAAAAGGAUGAAUCUCAAAGGGUGACUUUCAUACCCCAAGAUUUUUUGCUCAAAGUUCCCUUCGCUGCUUUGCAAAGUGACGUUAGUGGUCACUAUUUCAUUGAGGACUUCAUAAUUUCAACCAGUCCAGCGAUCCACUUUCUCGAUUUAGCCUGCGCUUCUUGUGAAACCGCUGAAAAGAACACAGCGCCUCCGGAGCUAAGUCUCCUUGCAGUUGGAAACCCCAUCAUGCCUUUCGAAGAACUUCCACAGCUCCCCUCUGCAGAGCGUGAAGUGCACAUGAUUACAGAGACUAUCAACUCGCCAAUGUCUGAAAUUCUUAUAGGAUCUCAGGCUAAAAAGGCGGUAGUGAUGGAGGCCAUGCCAAAAUACAAGAUCCUACAUUUUGCAACGCACGCUAUUAUCGACAACGAAGACUCUCAUGGGGAUUUUAGCAUGAGAGGACUUAUUGUUCUCGCAAAGUCUGGGCUCGAAUGUAAUGGUAUUCUCACGGCUGAAGAAGUGAGGGGCUUGGAACUGAAUGCUGAACUUGUUGUGCUGAGCUGUUGUGAAACCGGACUGGGUAAAGUGACAGGCGAUGGAAUACUGGGCUUGUCACGGGCGUUUCUGGCAGCCGGUGCAGCUUGCGUGAUUGUCACGCUAUGGAAGAUUGAUGACAAUUCUGCUUCUGAAUUGAUGACGUCAUUCUAUCGUGAAUACAAAUCUUCCCGUGAUGCUGCGGUAUCGUUACAGAAGGCCAUGAAAACUGUUCAAACUAAAGAGGACACUCGAAGUCCACAACAUUGGGCUGCGUUUUCCAUUGUCGGUGUUCCCGCUGUCAAAUGACUCUUUUCCAACGAGCCAAAUGCUUUGUUCAGUUAAUAUUUCAAAAUAGUGCAAACUUUAAAUGAGCAUCGAUAGUCAUUCAGGAUACGUCAUCCUCCAAAUUUUUUUAUUCACUUUUAGCACAGGGUGUGUUAAUGAGCCUAAGAUUUGUUACCAAAAGUUUUGGGAACAGCUAUGAGCGAUAGAAACCACAGCUACAGCUUUCUCAUUUUGCAACAAAAUUUUACAUACUACCAGAUAAUAACAACAAUAUUCAGUUAAUUCUAAAAUUAUAAAAUGUCAGUGGACUCUCCAACCGGUUGUUGGUUUGUUUUUCAACUGAAGUUUUUCUGCUCACAGUCUAAUACUGACUCUAAAUCUAAACAAAGUUUGAAGUAAUCCCACAAAAAUCAACUACUAUGUUAUUGAAUUUCGUAUGUUAACAUUUUUAAGCCACAAAAAUUGUGGAGGCUGCUAUUUACAUUUGUUUAAGUAGGAAAUGCAAAACGAAGCACAGUUGGCAAAAGGUACCAACAAAUGUAAUGUAACAUACACCAGAUGAAAGUUUGGUUGACUCGUCUAUCUCUAAGCUGUUUGAAACAAACAAGUUUUCUUUGUAUUAUUGAAUAGCAAGGAAUGUGGUAAACAAUAAACACAAAACCCUUUUUAUACUUAUUUCAACUUAUUGACCGGCCAGCCAAAUAAAGGAAUGCAAAAUUGACAGUGAAUUUUUAACUUCUUUUCCUUCACCUCCGUUUUAUAUUUUUGAGGUAGUUUUGUCAUAAAGAAUUGAUUAAACACGAG